AUGCCCAGCGACCAGCAGCCCCUUCCUUUCCAGCUCAUCAACGCUUUCGCGGCCACGCCCCGCGCGGGCAACCAGGCCGCCGUCGUCGUCGUUCCCAAGGACGACCCGCGCGCGACUGAUGCCAAGUUCAUGCAGGCCGUCGCCAAGGACUUCAACCUGAGCGAGACCGCCUUCCUCGUGCCCCACGGCUCCUCGGAGGGAGUGCCGAAGUACGGUCUGCGUUGGUUCACUCCUGCUGCUGAAGUGCCUCUGUGCGGGCACGCAACCCUUGCGGCAGCGACGACGCUGUUCAACUCCUACGAGCCGACCGCGACGAAGCUCGAGUUCGAGACCAAGUUCGUCGGUCCCCUCUAUGCGACGCUGGAGAGCGAGCGCGGACAGGGUGUGCAGAUCGGCCUCGACCUGCCCAUCGGCAAGGCCGAGGUGGGAGAGCUGACCGAGGGAUACGCGACCCUCGCUGCCAACGCGGCGGGCCUGAGGCCGGAACAGGUCCUGCGCCACGCCGAGUUUGACUUUGGCGGGCCCUCGGUCAUUGUCCAGCUCGACCCGACCGUGGACCUCGCCACGCUCAAGCCCGACAUUGACAUUCUCGUCCCCGACGUCACGCAGUACACUCAGGUCCUAUCCGCGAAGGACGGGCGCGUGCAGGUCACGAACCGUGUCUUCGCGCCGAACCUCGGCAUCGACGAGGACCCCGUCGUAAGUUGUCCAGCUGUCGCCUGCAACUGA